CAACUUUGAUGAUUCCUCGACGUUUUAUUCCAAUGUUUACGCAUGCGCAUGCUGCUGUGUGAUGUGUUGUUGUAAGUCCUGUAUAGCUGGUAAUUGUAACUAAUUUACGGGAGAAUACGGAGAUGCACAUGAUUUGCGCAUGCGCUCUGGAUCCAUCGGACUCUCAACAAACCGAGCAACAAACACACUGGCUGGUGGCUGCAGGCCGAGAUGUCGUCUCUCUCGCUGGCUGAUCUGUGCAGUGGCCUUCCACUAGAUCCUCUUCCUCCCGCCCAGACUACCAGGGACCCCAGCGUCUCUCACGCUCCGCCCAAAAUGCCUUCACUCGAUGAAAAAGAAACGAAGCUAGCUCUGAAGAAUGCUCUGAGGUAUUUCCCCGCCCCACUCCACUCUACGCUGGGCCCUGAGUUUGCCCGGGAAUUGAAGCAAUAUGGACACAUCUACAUGUAUCGCUUCAGGCCUCACUUUGACAUGAGGGCCUACCCCAUUCAGGACUACCCGUGCCGCAUCCCCCAGGCAGCUGCAAUGAUGAUAAUGAUCAUGAACAAUCUGGACCCCAACGUCGCCCAGUUUCCCCACGAGCUGGUGACCUACGGUGGAAACGGACAGGUCCUCUCCAACUGGGCUCAGUUUUGGCUCCUCAUGAACUACCUCUCUCGUCUCGAUGACGACCAGACACUCGUCAUGGUCUCCGGCCAUCCACAGGGUCUCUUCCCCUCUCAUAAGUGGGCCCCUCGCUGCGUCAUCUCCAACGGAAUGGUGGUCCCAAAUUAUUCGAGCAAAGAAGAGUAUGAAAAGAUGUUUGCCAAAGGAGUUUCAAUGUACGGCCAGAUGACAGCGGGCAGCUAUUGCUACAUCGGACCCCAAGGGAUUGUCCAUGGCACAACUUUGACGCUCAUGAAUGCUGGUCGAGAGUACCUGAAACUGGGUGACCUGUCGGGGAAGGUUUUCCUGACGUCGGGACUUGGAGGUAUGAGUGGUGCCCAGGCCAAAGCCUCAGCGGUCGCCGGCUGUGUUGGCGUCAUUGCCGAGGUGAGCAAGGAGGCACUGCUGAAGAGGCACAAACAAGGGUGGCUAAUGGAAUGGACCGACAACCUGGACGACUGCAUUGCCAGAAUCAAACGAGCCAAGCAGGAGAAAAAGGCUGUCAGUCUCGGUUACCUUGGAAAUGUGGUGGACCUCUGGGAGAGGGUUGUGGUGGACUACGAGGCGACUGGUGAGCUACUGGUGGAACUCGGCUCCGACCAGACCAGCCUGCAUAACCCGUUUGGGGGCGGUUACUAUCCGGUUCAGCUGGGUUUCGACGAGGCUCUGCAGGUCAUGAAGGACGAACCUCCACGCUUCAAACAUCUAGUCCAAGAGAGUUUGAAAAGACACGUGGAUGCCAUUAACAAGCUGGCCGAGGCAGGAAUGCACUUCUGGGACUACGGAAAUGCCUUUCUUCUCGAAGCAAGCCGAGCAGGAGCUGAUGUGAGGGCAGGAGCAUCAGCGACGGUGUUUCGUUACCCGUCAUACGUCCAGGACAUUAUGGGUGAUCUCUUCUCCCUGGGAUUUGGACCAUUCAGGUGGGUGUGUGCAUCUGGUCUUCCCGAGGAUCUGAGCACCACAGACAACAUCGCCUUGGAGACCAUGGAGGAACUGUCGAAAAACGGCAAGAAAACAGCCCCCCCCCUUCUCUGACUUUCCGCCAUCAGUGUAUUAUAUUCACUGUUCUUUUCCUCUUCCAUUUUUAACUCCUUGUUUCACUUUUCCUUGUUUCACUGUAUAUACAAUUAUGGUCUCUGUAUAAUUAGUAUAAUAAUAAAUACAAACCAAAGGCUCUGAAUUUGAAACUCUGAAACUGAGAGGUUCAUUCCCCUAAAAGCUUCCCUUUAUACCAUAAUUAUAUAUUCUGUGGAGGUUCCUCUUUCUAUUACAUAUAUACGUGCUAUGUAUACAUCUUCUACUAUUAUACAGCGUCUGAGAGUUCUAAACGGCAUUAUGUGGACAACUGUCGCUGGAUUCGAGAGGCUGGUAAACACCAACUGGUGGUCGGUUCCCAGGCACGCAUUCUCUACGCCAACGAACAGGGGCGCAAGGCAAUUGCCCUUGCUUUCAACAAGGCCAUUGCAGAAGGAAGACUGAAGGGUCCUGUGGUUUUGAGUAGGGACCAUCACGAUGUGAGUGGAACAGACAGUCCGUUCAGAGAGACCUCAAAUAUUGAGGACGGCUCACAAUUUUGUGCCGAUAUGGCGAUACAGAAUGUAAUUGGGGACUCGUUCAGAGGAGCUACAUGGGUGGCCAUACACAACGGUGGGGGAGUUGGAUGGGGUGAAGUCAUUAAUGGUGGUUUUGGACUUCUACUGGACGGAUCUGAGGAUGCAGCUGAAAGGGCAAAGAUGAUGCUGUCGUGGGAUGUACUGAAUGGAAUUGCCAGGAGAAGCUGGUCAGGUCACCCACUGGCCCAAGAGACAGCUUCUGCUGCCAUGGCUGCCCAACCAAAGCUGAUCAUCACUGUACCUCAUCAGCCACCCUCUGAUCAGCUCCUUGACUCUUGCUUCCGUGACUCCUAGUAUAAUUAUUUGUGCUUCAGGAUUGCUAAAAUUUAGCAGUAAUAUAGAACCUUCGACAAAGGGUAUAUGCUCUCAACAAUAGGGAAAAAACCUCAAUAAAGGACACACUCCCAAAUGGUCACUUUUCUAGUACAUUUGAAGAAAGGAAAACCUCCAUUUAAAAGACAGUUAAGUCUGGCCCCAACGUGUCCUUUAUCCAGAGGUUCAACAUUGUAAUAAUGGUGCAGCACCAGAUUCAAUGAGAUGCAAUCUACAAUUAAAUUUAUUAUUCUUGGCAACAGGCCUUCUACAUGGCAUGAUGAUCAAAAUUAAGCCAAGGUUCCUCUUAUAAACAUGUAGGUUUUUGCUGUUGCUAGAGAAGAUGUGGUACGGUCGAGAUGAAUAUCAGUGAAUCCGCACAGCUUUGAUGGCAUCAAUUGCCAUUGCUGACGUCACGGGAAAAUCAUUGAACGUGUGAUCGCCUACUGUACUGUUUUCCACGCCGUAUAGAAACAGGCUUCCACGGGGGUUUCACAAGUCUAGUCAUGCGAGAAACUAAGGAGCAAUACUCAUCGUAACUCUUUGCAAUGGUUUCGACUACAUAAGUUGACACCACCACAUCGUAGAGCUUGUUAUAUGCAGCUUCAAUAGGGGGAUCUUUUGUUUAGGUCGCACUCUACAACAGCCUUGACAAUUUUUCGAACUUCCUGCUGCCUCUUCGCCACUUCAUCAUCCCCCUGCAUCCCCUCCAAUUCUCUCACCACGUAGCUGAAAUAU